AUGUCUCUGACUAAGGACCACUGGACAGACGUUAGGGCGAGAGGACAGGAUUUAUCAGUGACAGUCAAGAAGAAGCCUUGGCUAACUUUCUGUACCUCGGAAUGGCCCGCCUUUGGGGUACGCUGGCCACCCGAGGGAACUUUUGAUCUACCCACCAUCAAGGCCGUGAAGGCUGUUGAUUUCCAGGAAAGACCAGGAUCGCAUCCAGACCAGCAACCGUACAUCACGGAACCAGAGGAGGAGGUCCUUCAGCAGGAACAAGAAGCUGGCGGGGAGCCACCCCCGAAGGGCCAGCUGAUUCGACCAUGGCGCUUCCCCUCAGGGCUGUUGGAGCUCCCCUGGCCAACCAGAAUGAUUUACAGCUUCUACAAAAACCCCACAGGGCUUACAGGCCUGGUCUACGAAUCGCUGAUGCAUUCACAUCAGCCGACUUGGGACGAUUGUCAGCAGCUUUCGCAGACCCUGUUCACCACGGAGGAGAGAGAGAGAGUCCUCCAAGAAGCCCGGAAAAAUGUCCGGGAUGGUGCUGGACACCCUGUCCAGACAUCGGCUGAAAUAGAUGAAGGAUUCCCUCUAACCUGCCCUCAAUGGGACUAUAACAUGGCACAAGGUAGGGAACAACUGUCCAACUACUGCAGGGCUCUAGUAGAGGGGCUGAGUGGCGCUGCUUGCAGGCCUAUGAAUUUGGCUAAGGUAAGAGAAGUUAUGCAGGGGACAACUGAGCCCCCCUUGGUCUUUUUGGAGAGGCUCAUGGAGGCUUACAGGAGAUACACCCCGUUUGACCCUAUGUCUGAGGGGCAGCGGGCCUCAGUGAUUAUGGCCUUUAUCGGCCAUUCAGCUCUGGACAUUAGGAGAAAAUUACAGCGGAUUGAGGGAUUGCAGAAUUAUACUGUAAGGGAUGUGGUUAAGGAAGCUGAGAAAGUGUAUCACAAGAGAGAGACGGAGGAUGAAAAGCUGGAAAGGAAAAGAGAGAGGAGAGAAGGUGAGAACAGGAGGGACAGAAGACAGGAAAAGGCUCUGGCUCGGGUUCUGGCUGUAGCAGUAGGUAGGGACAAAGGAGGUAGGACUAGACAGUUAGGGGACCUGGGAGACAGAAAAUGGCAAGGGCCAAGAAGACCCAAAGGAGACAGACUACACCUAGAAAGAGACCAAUGUGCGUACUGCAAGGAUACUGGCCACUGGGCCCGUGAAUGCCCUAAAAAGAAACAGGGGGUAGAGGUGCUGUCUCUUGAAGAGGAUGAAGACUUGAGACGGGGCUCGGCCCCCCUCCCCGAGCCUAGGGUAACAUUAGAAGUGGAGGGGACCCCCGUAGACUUCCUGGUCGACACCAGCGCAGAAUUUUCAGUGCUUCUAACACCAUUAGGUAAAGUAAGAAAAAAUGAGAGAACAUUGGUGAUUGGGGCCACAGGGCAAAAAUCGUACCCAUGGACCACAUCCCGGACAGUGGACCUAGGAUGGAACCAAGUGACUCAUUCAUUUCUGGUCAUUCCGGAGUGCCCCACGCCCCUAUUGGGAAGAGACUUAUUAACCAAAUUGAAAGCACAAAUAACAUUUGCCUCUCCCACAUCAGCGGUAUCUUGGGGAAUAGAGACACCUCAGACCUUGGCACUAACUUUACAAUUAGGAGAAGAGUACCGGAUUUAUCAGGACAAAUUGAAGCCCCCUGAGGGGUUACAGGACUGGCUUAAUCGAUUUCCUCAGGUGUGGGCUGAGACAGGAGGAAUGGGGAUGGCAAGACAAGUUCCCCCGGUGGUGAUUGAGCUCAAGUCCGGAACCACUCCCAUUGGGAUCUGACAGUACCCUAUGAGCAGCGAAGCACAAGAGAGCAUAUGCCCUCACAUUACCAGACUGCUUCAGCACGGGAUCUUGGUCCCAUGCGAGUCCCCUUGGAACACUCCCCUACUCCCAGUAAGGAAGCUGGGAACAGAUGACUAUCGCCCGGUCCAAGACCUUAGGGAAGUCAAUAAGAGAACUCAAGACAUUCACCCCACAGUGCCAAACCCUUAUAGCCUGCUCAGCAUACUGCCACCUGAGCAAACCUGGUAUACGGUCUUAUAUCUUAAAGGCACUUUCUUCUGUCUGAGGUUACACCCUAAUAGCCAACCCCUGUUCACCUUUGAGUGGCAAGAUCCAGAAAGCAGAAGGACCAGACAGCUUACAUGGACAAGACUGCCUCAGGGGUUCAAGAAUUCGCCUACCUUGUUUGAUGAGUCCUUACACCAAGAUCUUGCCUCUUUUCGAGCCAAUAAUCCCCAGGUGACGCUUCUGCAAUUCAUUGAUGACCUUUUACUAGCUGCAGAAACACACGAGGAGUGCGAACUUGGGACUCAGAACAUCCUGGUCGAGUUGGGUGAGUUGGGGUAUCGGGUUUCGGCUAAAAAGGCACAGAUAUGCCGGACAGAAGUGACCUACUUGGGAUACAUCCUGAAGAAUGUACAAUGAUGGCUCACAGAAGCCAGGAAGCAGACAGUGAUGCAGAUCCCGACCCUGACCACCCCUCGCCAGGUAAGAGAAUUCUUAGGGACAGCGGGAUUCUGUAGACUUUGGGUCCCGGAAUUUGCCACUCUAGCGGACCCAUUGUACCCCCUAACCAAAGAAAAAAGGGAAUUCACCUGGACCCAGGAACAUCAAUCAGCUUUUGAGACUCUAAAAAAGGCCCUGCUGCAGGCUCCUGCCCUAGCACUGCCAGACCUGAACAAGCCUUUCACCCUAUACAUCAACAAAAGGAACAGGGUAGCUAGGGGGGUCCUCACUCAAGCUUUAGGGCCCUGGAAGUGUCCAGUAGCUUACCUAUCAAAGAAACUGGACUCUGUGGCUAGUGGGUGGCCUUUCUGCCUACAAGCGAUAGCGGCUACGGCUGUGUUGGUAAAAGAUGCUGAUAAGCUAAUGAUGGGGCAGAGCAUCACCGUGGUGGCCCCACACUCACUCAAGAGUGUUAUCAGGCAGCCCCCUGACCGCUGGAUGACCAACACCCGAAUGACUCACUAUCAUUUGCUGCUGACAGAGUGAGUGACCUUCGCUCCCCCUGCCAUCCUCAACCCUGCUACCUUACUGCCUGAAGCCGGUGAAACCCCUGUACACAAAUGUGAGGAGGUACUGGCAGAAGAAACUGGAAUUCGGCCAGACCUCACAGACCAACCGUGGCCAGGAGCAGUGUCCUGGUUCACCGAUGGAAGCAGCUUCGUGGUGGAAGCUAAGCGCAGAGCAGGUGCAGCGGUAGUAUAUGGGAAAUCCGUCAUUUGGGUCAGCAGUCUGCCUGAGGGGACAUCAGCACAGAGAGCAGAGCUCAUCGCUCUAACCCAGGCUUUAAGGCUGGCAGAAGGAAAGGCCAUUAACAUUUACACUGAUAGCCAAUAUGCCUUCGCUAUGGCUCAUGUCCAUGGGACAAUCUACAGACAGCGUGGACUCUUGACUUCCGCUGGGAAGGACAUUAAAAAUAAGGAGGAGAUUCUCAGCUUGUUGGAAGCCAUCCACCUGCCUCGCAGGGUGGUGAUCAUCCAUUGCCCAGGACAUCAAAGGGGAACCAAACCAAUAGAAAGAGGGAACCAAAUGGCAGACCAAGUGGCCAAAGAGGCAGCCCAGGGACCAAUGACUCUGGUAAUUAAAACCGCACCCCAGCCAGUUAAGGAAGAGACAGAGAAAGAAAUCCUCACAAGAAAAGAGGGGCUGGAAUACCUGGCUGACAAACACCGCCUCACUCACUUAGGAUCCAAAAAGAUAAUAAAACUGAUCAGUAGGUCCCCUUAUCAUAUUCCCGGACUACAGAAAGCUGUAGAGGACCUAGUGAAAAACUGCCAAGCCUGUGCACUCACCAACGCCGGGUCCAGCAGGCUCCAUGGCAGAAGGCGCUUGUGUGGAGACAAACCUGGGACCUACUGGGAAACCGACUUCACUGAGGUAAAACCAGCCCGGUAUGGAAAUAAAUAUCUUUUAGUCUUUAUAGACACUUUUUCAGGGUGGGUCGAGGCGUCCCCCACCAAGAGAGAGACAGCUAAUGUGGUGGCCAAGAAUACUCAAAGAAAUUCUUCCUCAGUUUGGGAUACCCAAGGUACUCGGUUUGGAUAA